AUAAUACGGAAGCAGAGCGGUGGACAAAGAAUACCGCACACACGCGGAUAAUAUUGAUACAAUCCCACCAGAGAAGUCAAUGCCAGUGUGACAAUGGAUGGCUACUCGGUCCAUAAAGUAAUAGGUGAAGGGUCCUUUGGUCGAGCACUACUUGUCCAAUCCAGAAUCAACCAUGAGAACUAUGUCAUGAAAGAGAUCCUACUCCCAAAGACACAAUCCAAGAUGGCGAACACCAGAAGAGAAGCUGUACUCCUGUCCAGGAUGAAACAUCCCAGCAUAGUGGCCUUCAGGGACUCUUUUGAAGGUGACGGCCUCCUCUACAUAGUAAUGGAGUUCUGUGGUGGUGGAGACCUACUCCAGAAGAUACAGCAACAGAAAAACAUGCUGUUCUCACAGGAUACAAUUCUGAAGUGGUUUGCUCAGAUGUGUUCAGGUACGAUGUACAUCCAUGACAAACGGGUCUUACACAGGGAUCUCAAGUCCAAGAAUAUCUUCCUGACAGACAAUGGGACGGUGAAGCUGGGUGACUUUGGCUCAGCCUGUGUUCUAAACAGUGCGAAGGCCUAUGCUCACACAUACGUUGGGACGCCUUACUAUGUCUCUCCAGAGAUCUGGGACAGUAAGCCGUACAACAAUAAGAGUGAUGUGUGGUCUCUCGGCUGUGUCCUCUACGAGCUCUGCACCCUGCGACACCCGUUUCAGGCUCCUAGUUGGAAGAGUCUGAUCAUGAAGGUGUGCCGUGGUUCCUACCCUCCUCUUCCUCAACAUCUGCCCUAUGAGCUGCACUACCUGGUCAAACAAAUGUUCAAGACCAACCCCAAAGACCGGCCGUCCCUCCACACCAUCCUCACGUCUCACCGCGUGGCCAGUCUCCUGCACAGACACCUGCCCAACAAGGAGUCGGAGAGGAGAACAGGGAGAUGGAGGAGAGAGGAGGGGGAGAAGGUCGCCUCACUCCUGGGGCAGAAGACCCUCAUGACAGGCUCUACCCUGGAGGGUCUGGAGUCCUGUGUGGCCCCUGCUGAGGCCCCUGCUGAGAGCAGCACCAGUAGAGAGCAGCGUGGCCCUCGUAGACAGUGGGCCCCAGGCCCCUCAGACACAGCUCUACAGGUGUUGGCUAACACAGACCUCAUCUCCUCUGGGAGUCUGGCAACUACAGGCCAGACACAUUCAGAUAACAGAGAGCGGAAACGAUGGGACAGGAGUCCACCAGAGAAGCUACUCAGAUUGCUCGAGAAAGCCCAGCUCAGCACCGCUUUCAAAACCUACUCCAUACACACAGAAGGUGAAGACCCUCUGGUAGGUCCCCUGUCCCGGGGAGGAAGGGACGACACAGACGGACCGACAGCUGGACAAACCGAGGAUGAAGAAAGGCUGCAACCACGCUCUGAUGACGAGGAUACAGACUUUGAAGAGGACUGUCCCUGUGACUGGAUGGAUGAACUAGAGCAGAUGUCUAUGGACCAAUGA